AGAAAGAUAGAGUGAUAGAGAUAGAGCGAUAUUGCGCCUAUGAUGCAAGCCUUUUGAAAGAGAGCCAGAGAGUUAGCCAGAGAGCGGGAGAGAGAGCAAAGCCUGGGGAGAGAGAGCAAAGCUCGCCAUGUGCACUUGAUUUGCCAUGUUGUUGUUGAUGUUGUUGUUGUUAGAAGCCAUUCCGUCGUCGGCCAAGAGCAACACCAGCAACAUUAGCAGCUGCAACUGCAACUGCAACACUGGCAAUAUAUGCUGCAACCCAAAAAGAUCCUUUUUUUUAGGAGAUUUAAGAAAUAAAAAUAAAAAUAAUUUUUUUUUAAUAAAAACUUUUAUUUUCUUCUUAAUAUUCCAACCAAUCUUUCUUAGAUGAUCCUUUUAUUUAAAUUAAUAUAAAAUCCUCUAAAAACUCUCUGAACUUAAAUUUUAUAAAUUAAAAAAAAUGAUGUUUUUUUUAAACCUUGCCCUAAAAAAUACAAAAAAAAAUAAAAUAUUCAGGAAAAUCCACAACACCCGCGAUAUGUUGCCAAUUUUGUUCGUUUUCGUUUUCAAUUUCGAUAGCCCCCCCACUCCCCACUCUCCACUCUCCACUCCCCAAUUGCAACCUGCCACUGCCACCCUACCCCCUUUGCCAGAGCACCCCUCUGCUGUUGCACUUUUUGGUGUUUGGAAGCUUGGAAGCUCUCGAAUUCUCUAUGAUAUGCUCCGGGUUCUCAAAUUCUCUGACCAAACUGAGACUAUUCUCCCAGUUCUCUGGCUUUUUUUUUCUGCUUUUCUGCUGUUUUUCUGCUAUUUCUGUUGUCUGUUUUCUGUUUCUGUUUGACAAUUUCGCUACGCGGCUGUUUUGGUGGCUGCCAGUUGCACAUUUCCGUUAUAUCCGCCAGAAGCCACAAGCACCAGCCAGCGCACACACGGCGUAUGAGUAAUAUUUUUAUUUGGAGCCAAUUCGUAAAAAAAAGACAUCCAAUAACAAAAAAAAAAAAAUAAUAAAAAUUCGCAAUAAUCAAAAUCAAAAGUCAAAGCCAAGCUUGAAAAAAAAAAAAAUUCGAUGAAAAAAAAAUAGCGAAAAAAUAAAUAAAUAAAAAAUAGUGUAAUAGUGCGCUGUCGUUUGUGGAACAGAAGAGGGGGAGGGUGGAGUGUAGGGCAGAGAGCAAGUGCAGCGCGCUGGCGACAGCCUCUGCCAACGGCAACUGCGACGCUGGCAGCGGUGCGGGCUUUGUUUUGGCUUCAGUUUUGGCCCAGCAGCUUCGAUUCGUGGUUCGUGCCACGCUAAAGAAAAAUCUAACCAAAAACAACAACAACAAAAACAUAACAAAAAUUAUUUUAAAAAAUUAAAAAAAAAAACUCGUAAAACCAAAAAAAUAUGAGUUGAAAAAUAUUUUUUUUUUUAAUGUGAGUUCUGGAACUUGAAAGUGCUGACCCCAAAAAAUAUGCUGUGCAAGUGAGAUAAAAAAAAAAUCCAGACAAAAAUAAGAGUGAGAGAGUGCCGCCCCCCUAAGAAAGGAGAAAGAAAGUCAGAGAAAGAGAAAGAGAGUCAAAAAGGAGUCCCCAAAGACGUCAGGCCAAAAAAAUAAAAUGCCUGGCCCGGCUUUGUGGUCCGGUAAGUGAUCAACAACAACAACAAAAUCAAAAAUAAUAAAUAAAUUUAAGCUUGAGAGAGCGCCAAGAGAGAGAGAGUGUGAGAGAAACUCUCCCGCGAUCAUUAUGGCUCCCAAUCCCCAGUGUCCCUCUCCCACCCGCUCUUUUGAAAAUGCAACUGCAAGUUGCACAUUUCCGCAUGCCAUCUCGUUUUCUCAAAUAUCAAGCAAGCACAAAUCCAUGAAUCAAGAACCCCAGAAGCAAAAACAAAAAAACUUUCACUUUACGGGGGAGAUGCAAGAAAGAGAAAGAGUAAGAGAGCCAUUAAGGGGUAUGGGCCGUAUGGGCCAGAAAGAGUUGGCCGAGCCGAAUGGCCGAGCGAUAGAGAUGGCGUGUAUUGGGGGCUGCCCAGAAAAUUAAGUUUUCUUUCUUAAGAUCACUAAGAAAGUGAUAGUUUUUAUUAGUUUUAAAAAUAAUAAGUAAAAAAAAUAUAAAUUUUAAGAGGUUUUUAUUUAAGAAACUAAAAAAUAAGCAAGGAAGUUUAAGUUUUAAACUUAAAAAUUCACUAAAAACUGUCUAAAAAAAAUUCUUAAAUUUAAUUUUUAUUUUAGUUUAAAAAUUAAAUCAAUUUUAGACAAAAAAUAAAAAAUUUGCAAAAAUCUAGGGGAGUCGAACCUUUAACUUUUCAUACAAAAUUGAAAGCUUGAAAUGGAUCUUUUUUUACAUUUUUUUUUGAAUUUUUUUUGCAUUUUUUUUGCAUUUUUUUUGUAGUUGUUGUUGUAUGACCAAAGGCUUCCUGGCAUUGCAACUUGCAGCAGCAACCCCAACAACAACAACAAAUGUGUUAAGACCUGAUUGCAAUUGUUGUUGCUCAUUAUAAAGUCGUAAGCCAUUUACGUUAUGCCAUUACGUUUGUCGCUGUCUAUGUAUUGGCACUGUGUGUGUGUGUGUGUGUCUCAGUGAGAUUGUUGUUGUAUUUGUGAGCAAAAUGUCAGUGAGCAAUAAGGAAAUGAAAUGUGCGCCAAACAAUUAUUGGAGUUGUUGCUUUUCUGCUUUUUUUUUUUUUUUGCUUUUGAGCUGAAAUCGAAAGUGCUUUUCAGACAAUGGUCAACGAACGUAUGAAAAGGGCAUUAGAGAAAGAGAUUUUCUGCGACUUUUUUUUUUGUUUUUUUUUAUUGUAUGUAUGUGGGUGCAAUGCUUAAAAAAAAUUAAAUAAAUAGUAAAUAUAUAUAAAAAAAACAAAUAAAUAAAUAAAAAAUCAGUAAGGCAUUUCGCAAUUCAUGACAUUGCUUCUGGAACUUGUAUGCUCCACUUGCUUUUGCUUUUUUCUUUUUUUUUUUACACUUUUGAUUUGAUUUUUAUUUUAUUUUAUUUUUAUUAUUUUUUUUUUUUUAUGUUGCGCAAUGGUUUGCUUGUCACUUUUGUCCAUUGUUCAGUUGCUUUUGCUUUAUUUUUGCUCUAGUUCAAAUUAACUUUUACCUUUAUUCGUUUUUUUUUAAAUUUAAUUUUUUUUUAUAUAUUUUUUUUAUCAAAACUGAUCGUAGAACUUUCCAUUAACAAAGAGAGGGGGGGCUAGAGAAAGAGAUGGGGAGAUGGGGUAAUGGGGAGAGCAGGAAGCAACAAUCUAUGCUGCAACUGUCGCUGCUGCUGCAUCUAAUGCUGCUUUUCUCUCUCCUCUCUCCUGCCCUCCUCUCUCUCUCUCUCUUUGUGACUCUCUCCAAAAGCUUUUUCUCACCUUCUCGCCCCCCAAUGUGGCCGUCUCUUCCUCUUCUCAAAGUGCAAUGGCAGCUUGUGGCACAGUUUUCCACAAUACAACUAUAGAAAAAAAAAUGGAGGAAGGAGGCGCCUCAAAAAUGGGAGUUUUGCUUUUUUUUUUCUCUCUCUCUCCCUUCCUCGCUCCCUUAGCUUUUGCACUUUGGCACUCCACUCCACCACCCCCCUCCCCUUAGCCCGUGUCACCUUGCCACAACCCUUUCGUUAGCCGGUCAACGUCCACACCACCACACUUGCAACAUGCCACACACACACACACACACACAGGCAUUCUAAUUUAAAUGCAAUGUUUAGUUUAUAGAGCGAGCGAGCGAGAAGGAGAUAGCUGUGAAGUUUAGAAUUUUGUUGCAUGUGGCAGUUGCAGUUGCAAUUGCAACGAUGAACUCCCCAAAAUAGUGUGACGGUGGGAGGGUAGUACCCCAUCCCCCCUCCCCCCAUUAGAAAGGGACAGAGAGUGAGAGAGCUAUUGCUGUCGUCGUCGACGUCGCUGCUGGCGUAAAAAGCAUAACUAUGACGUCGUGUGUUGUUUUUGUUGUUGUGUUUGUCUAGCUUUUAAGUUUUUUUUUUUUUUUUUUCGUCUAUUGGUUUUCAUUUUCGUUUGCUGCCAGCGACGACGUCGACGCUGACGCUGACGUUUCUAAUGCCCGAUCGCCGGCAGAGCGGGAGAGAGAGCGUCCGAGUUAGGCAGACAGACAGUUUGGGGAGAGAGUGGGCAGUGAGUGAGUGAGUGUAUGAGUGAGAGGGGGCGGACGCCUGCGCUGCUGGCCUGGUGGCUGGCGGUAGCAGCGACGCCAGCAUCGACCGAGGCGGCAGUGGCAGUGGCAGCGGCAGCAGAAGGCAGCGACAGCAUUUUGUGGCUGCUGCUUUCUUUCGCUCGCUUACUCCUUUCAUUUCACUUUAUUUCGUUCGCAUGUACGCACGUUUACCGCGGAGCAGCAAAAGCCCCCCAAAAAAAAAAAAACACUCACUCACUCACAACAACAGCAACAACAACAAGAAAGCCAAAGCCCCCCAAAAAAAAUAAUAACAACAACUGAAGCAGCAACAUCUCUCUGAUGUCUCAUGUUGCUGUUGUUAACAAACAUAAAAAAAAAUACAUUUGAACAAAAAAAAAAAACAAACGCGGAAGAGUCUUGGGGGUUUUGGAGCCAAACUCGAAACUCGAACUUAGUUGCGAUAUGCGAUUUGGCGGCAACGGUUUGGCAUCUCGAAGCGGUUAAAAAAUAAAUACCAAAAACGGUUAUCGGUUAAAUGAAAUAAUCCAAAAUGAAACAAUGAUUAUUAUUUUUUAUUUGUGGUGUUUUGUAAACAGUUUCUGCCCUUGGAUAACAAUUCAAGAAUAAGUUUGGAAAUCAAGUUUGAAAAUCAAAAAUCCAAAAAAAAAAUAAAUAAUAAAUAAAUCAAGGCAUUUAAGCCAAGUGUUGUGCUUUUAAUUUUUUUCAUUCCAAUUGGCAAUGGACGCAGACUUCUUCUUAAAAAAAAAAUGUUUUAAAAAAUUAAAACUAGAAAAAAAAUAUAGAGGAUAUACAUAUAUUUUUUAAAAGUGUUUUAAAAAAGCAAUCAAGAAGAAGUUGAACUAAAAAUUGUUGUUGAAAAAGUGUUCUUAAAAAAAAACGAAAACAAAAAUUAAAAAAUAAAAAAAUAUAUAUAAAAAAAAGUUGCUUUAAUUUUGAAAUGGAAAAUGUGGACUAGUAGCUCAGGUUGUGCGGCCAAAAUGGCACAACAUUUGUUUUUUUGUGUGUAUCUGCCCACCUAGAAAGGCUUAGAAAAGACCACGCCCCCAAAUGAAUGCCACCAACCAGCCCCUGAUCCUCGAGCCCAAGGCCACAGAUGCGGCAACAACACCAGCAGCAGUAGCAGCAGCAGCAACAGUGGAAGUAGCAACAGCAGCAACAGCAGCAACAUCAAUAGAUGUUGCAGAUGCAACAUCAGAAGCAGCAGCAACAUCGGUGGAUAACAACUGCCUGUGCGAGAGAUCUUCAGGAGUUAGUGGAGGAGGUACUGGAGGAUUACAAAAUGGUCACAAUGGGCAACACAACAACAAUAACAACAACAACAACAACAAUCAUGGCAGUGGCAACAACAACAACAAUAGUCACUCGAAUGAUGAUGAACGAAAUGAUGAUGAUCGGAAAGAUCGGGAGCAGGAUCAGGAGGAGGAGGAGGAGGAUGAUGAUAAGGAGAGAGCGGAGAGUGAGCCGCAGGAUGUCAAGGAUGUGCUGACAAUUAUUAAGACUCCUUUAAAUAAAACACUCUUGAAGAAGUGCAACACCAAUGGCAGCUUGUUGAUGCCACACAGCAACAACAAUAAUAAUAUACGAAACAACAACAAUAAUAAUAAUAAUAAUAAUAAUAUUAAUAAUAAUAUUAAUAAUAAUAAUGAUUUGGAUACCGGUUUGCAAAGCGGAAAUAGCAAUGAUCAUCAUCAUCAUAUAUACCAUCAUCAUCAUCAUCACUAUCAUCAUCAUAAUGCGGCAGGAAGAGAAGGAGUAGGCGGUGGAGGAGGAGGGGGAGAGGAUGCCACAUCCUCAUCCGCAUCCGCAUCCGCACCAAUGAUAAAAACUGAAGUCCAGGAGCAACAGGAUACCAAUGACAAUCAAACGACAGGAGCAACAGGACAUGCAACAUCUGCAACAUGCAAUCCCAGCAAGUGCAACAAGUGCAAUGCACACAACAAUAAUAGCAACAACAACAAUAAUAAUAAUAUUAAUACCAUAAGCAACAACAACAACAACAGUAAUACAAACAACAACAACAAUAUACAUUACAACAAUUAUAAUAAUUAUUAUAAGAAAAAGUCUCGUAUGCCGCCCAUUUGCCGAAUUAUGACACUGAGCCGUGGCCCGUACAGCGAGCUCGAUAAAAUGAGCCUUUUUCAAGACCUCAAACUCAAACGGCGGAAAAUCGAUUCGCGAUGCAGUAGCGACGGCGAGUCCAUCGCGGACACGUCCACCUCCUCCCCGGAUCUCCUUGCCCCCAUGUCGCCCAAACUCUGCGAUAGUGGCGGUGGCGGUUCAGUGGCAUCCGCAGCAGCAGCAGCGGCGGCAGCGGCGGCAGCAGCAUCUGGGGCAAGUAAUCUGCCACUGCCACUUCUACCAAUGGCAUUGACGCUGCCACUGCCACUGCCGCUGCCCCUGCAACCUGUUGCAGUUAGCCAGCCAUCGGCGGUGACCGUUUCCCUGGCAGCGGUUGUGGCCGCUGUGCCCGAGGGAGGAGCCGGAGCCGGAUCCAGAGCUGGAUCUGGACAAGUAGCUGGAACUGGGACAUCGGUGACGGCUUCAGGUGGUGGCGGUGGUGGUGGGGGGACAUGCAUCUCCACCACUUCACCCACAUCCUCGACAACGGCGGCAGCCGCCACCUCGUCCACCUCCUCCCUGUCCUCCACCUCCUCGUCGUCGUCGUCCUCGUCGUCGUCAUCCUCCUCCUCGUCCUCGUCAUCGCCCUCGGGAGCAGCUGCCGCCACAACAGGAGGUGGAGUAGCUGGCAGUGGGGGAGCCACAGUGGUGGCCACAUCCUGUCCAGCCAGCAGCAGCAGCAGCAGCAGCAACUCGAAGAGCCACAUCAGCAACAUCAAGCAAGAGCUAACGGAGAUCCAUUCCUCGAGCAGUGCGAUCUCGGCGGCAGCCGCCUCCUCAGUGAUGUCCCCGCCGCCCGUUGAACCUCCCGCGGAGUCGGGAUCCGGAUCAGGAUCCAGGGAGCAGGGAAUAGCAGCCGCAGGACCGAAGGACGAACACCAAAAUAAUGGCAAUGGCAGUGGUAGUGGCAGCAGCAGUCGUGCCUCGCCAGACUCCCUCCAGGAGAAGCCCUCGACAACAACAACAACAACAACGACUCCGGGACGUCUCAAUGCCACGCCCACCAACGGAGUGGUCAGCGGCGUGGGCGGAGUAGGAGGAGUGGGAGGCUCUGGUGAGACCGGAAUGAGUGUGAUACGAUCCGUGAAGGAGGAGCGACUGCUGAGCGUGUCCAGCAAGAUGCUGGCCUUCCAUCAGCAGCGGGAACAGGAGACCAAAGCAGCGGCAGCGGCAGCAGCAGCAGCAGCAGCGGCGGCAGCGGCAGCGGCGGGACAUGUAACGGUUCUAGUGACGCCCUCGAGAAUCAAAUCGGAGCCACCGCCCCCAGCCUCGCCCUCGUCGACGUCCACGAAUCCCCGGGAUCGGGAUCGGGAGCGGGAGCGUGAGAGGGAAAGAGAAAGGGAAAGGGACCGAGAAAGAGAUAGAGAACGGGACAGAGAAAGAGAGAGGGAGAGGGAGAGGGAGCGAGAAAGGGAGCGGGAGAGGGAGCAAAGUAUUAGCUCAUCCAUGCGUCUGAGUGGAAGUCCUGCGUCACCACAUCUGGGUGCCACCAUCGUCCAGACCCAUCACCUCCACCAGCAACUCACCCAGCCCCUGACCCUCCGGAAGAGCAGUCCGCCCACGGAGCACCUGCUCAGUCAGUCCAUGCAACACCUGACGCAGCAGCAGCAACUGCACUUGCACCACCUCCUCGGCCAGCAGCAGCAGCAGCAGCAGCAACAGCAACAGCAGCAGCAGCAGCAACACUCGCCACAUGCUCUGGUGCGAGUGAAGAAGGAACCGAAUGCGGUCCAGAGGCAUCUAUCGCCACAUCACCACCAGCAACAGCAACCACAACAGACCACACACCUGCAGCAGCAGCAGCAACAGCAACAGCAACAGCAGCAGCAUCCGCAGCAUCAUCUGCAGCAGCAACAGCAACAGCACCACCACCAGCAACAACAACACCAUGCCCAGCAGCAGCAACAGCAACAGCAGCAGCAGCAGCAACACCACCAGCAGCAACAACAGCAGCAGCCGCAGGCUCUGGCCUUGAUGCAUCCGGCAUCGCUGGCCUUGAGGAACAGCAACCGGGACGCGGCCAUCUUCUUGCGGGUGAAGAGCGAGGUGCACCAACAGGUGGCCGUCGGGCUGCCGCAUCUGAUGCAGUCGGCCGGUGGGGCAGCAGCAGCAGCAGCCGCCGCAGUGGCGGCCCAGAGGAUGGUCUGCUUCACAAAUGCCCGGAUCAAUGGCGUGAAGCCGGAAGUGAUUGGCGGGCCGCUCGGCAAUCUGCGGCCAGUGGGCGUGGGCGGUGGGCAGGGACCGGGUGGUGGCUCAGUGCAGUGCCCCUCGCCGCAUCCCUCGUCCUCGUCCUCGUCGUCGCAGCUGUCGCCGCAAACCCCCUCGCAGACACCGCCGCGCGGCACACCCACGGUGAUUAUGGGCGAGAGCUGUGGCGUCCGCACCAUGGUCUGGGGCUAUGAACCGCCGCCGCCCAGCCUUCAGCAUCCCGGCCAGCAUCCGCAGCAAUCGCCGCAACAGCAGCAGCAGUCGCAGCAGCAACAGCACCAGCAGCACCAGCAGCAGCAGCAGCAGCAACAGCAGCAGCAAUCGCCGCACCACCAGCAACAGCAUUGCCUCUCCUCGCCCUCGACCGGCUCCCUGACGCCCUCCUCCUCCGGCGGGGGUGGUGGCGGCGGGAAUGGGGGCGUAGGACCUCUGACCCCCUCGUCAGUUACCCCGCAGAAUAACGAAGAGGCCGCCCAGCUGCUGCUGUCCUUGGGCCAGACCCGCAUCCAGGACAUGCGCGCCCGGCCUCAUCCCUUCCGCACACCCCACGCCCUCAACAUGGAGCGCCUGUGGGCCGGAGAUUACUCCCAGCUGCCGCCCGGACAGCUCCAGGCGCUGAACCUCAGCGCCCAGCAACAGCAAUGGGGCAGCUCCAACUCCACGGGCCUGGGCGGUGCAGCGGGUCUGGGGGUGAUUGGUCGUGUGGGUGGUGGUGUGGGUGGUGGUGUGGGUGGUGGUGGUGUUGGUGCCCUGGAGGCGCCGCACGAGCCCACCGACGAGGAUGAGCAGCCGCUCGUGUGCAUGAUUUGCGAGGACAAGGCCACCGGUCUCCACUACGGCAUCAUAACAUGCGAGGGGUGCAAGGGCUUCUUCAAGCGGACGGUGCAGAACCGGAGGGUCUACACCUGCGUGGCGGAUGGCACCUGCGAGAUAACCAAAGCACAGCGCAACCGUUGUCAGUAUUGUCGUUUUAAGAAGUGCAUCGAGCAGGGCAUGGUGCUGCAGGCCGUUCGCGAGGAUCGUAUGCCGGGCGGUCGGAACAGCGGCGCCGUCUACAACCUCUACAAGGUCAAGUACAAGAAGCACAAGAAGACCAACCAGAAGCAGCAGCAGCAGCAGGCGGCCCAACAGCAGCAACAGGCUGCCGCCCAGCAGCAGCAGCAGCAGCACCAGCAACAGCAGCAGCAUCAGCAACACCAGCAACUGCAGCAGCAACAGCAUCCGCAACUGCACUCGCCGCUGCAUCAUCACUCGCACCACCCGUCGCACCACCCGCAACAGCAACACCAUCCGCAACUGUCGCCGCAUCAUCUGUUGUCGCCGCAGCAGCAGCAACUGGCCGCCGCUGUGGCAGCAGCCGCCCAGCACCAGCAGCAGCAACAGCAACUGCAGCAGCAGCAGCAGGCCAAGAUGGUUGACAUGAAACCGAUGUUCUUGGGCCCAGUUCUCAAGACAGAGGUCCUGCAAGCGCCCAUGCACAGUCCUGCCCAGCACCAGCAGCAGCAGCAGCAGCAGCAUCAGCAGCAACAGCAGCAGCAGGCGCAGCAGCAACUGAUGAGCUCCCCGCACCAGCAACAGCAACAGCAACAGAACCACCAAUCCGGAGCAUCUGGAAAUGGCAAUGGUGCUGGUGGUGGCGGAGGAGGAGGAGGUGGUGGCGCCCAGUUGCCGCCACAUCUGAUGAACGGAACGAUCCUGAAAACAGCUCUGACCAAUCCCAGCGAGAUAGUCCAUCUGCGACACCGGCUGGACUCGGCGGUUAGCUCCUCGAAGGAUCGCCAGAUCUCUUACGAGCACGCCCUCUCCAUGAUCCAGACCCUGAUAGACUGCGACGCCAUGGAGGAUAUCGCCACGCUGCCGCACUUCAGUGAGUUCCUCGAGGACAAGUCCGAGAUUAGCGAAAAGCUGUGCAACAUCGGUGACUCCAUCGUCCACAAGCUGGUGUCCUGGACGAAGAAGCUACCGUUCUAUCUGGAGAUUCCCGUCGAGAUCCAUACCAAGCUGUUGACGGACAAGUGGCACGAGAUCCUGAUCCUGACUACGGCCGCCUAUCAGGCGUUGCACGGCAAGCGGAGAGGGGGUGGAGAUUCAGCUGGAAGUAGGCAUGGUUCUCCGGCGAAUACGCCUAUGGCCACGCCCACAGCCACACCCAUGCAAUCACCCGCCCAACCGUUGCACAAGGACGAUCCGGAGUUCGUCAGUGAGGUGAACUCGCAUCUGAGUACGUUGCAAACAUGCCUGACGACCCUGAUGGGCCAGCCGAUCGCCAUGGAGCAACUGAAGCUGGACGUGGGUCAUAUGGUGGACAAGAUGACCCAGAUCACGAUCAUGUUCCGGCGCAUUAAGCUCAAGAUGGAGGAGUAUGUGUGCCUGAAGGUCUAUAUCCUGCUGAACAAAGCAGAAGUGGAACUGGAGAGCAUCCAGGAGCGGUAUGUCCAGGUGCUGCGCUCCUACCUGCAGAACUCCUCGCCCCAGAAUCCCCAGGCGAGGCUCAGUGAGCUUCUCUCCCACAUACCAGAGAUCCAAGCGGCUGCCAGUUUGCUCCUCGAAAGUAAGAUGUUCUAUGUGCCCUUCGUGCUCAACUCGGCGAGCAUAAGGUAGCAGAUGCUUGAGCACGGCCUGCUGCCCCACCAGCCACCCCCCAUUCCCGGAGGAGCUGGUGGAGGAGCAGCAGCAACACCAUCACCACAAACACCACCACCACCACCACCACCACCAGCAACACACCAACAACUGGGAUCUGUCCACAAUCCAAUAUCGCUAACAAUACCACAUCGCAGGAUCCGACAGCAGCAGCAGCAGCAGCAGCAGCUGGCACAGAAGCUGCCAAAGAUUAAGAUCGAGAUUGGAGCGCAGGAUCAGAGCCUUAAGAGGGAGGAGGAGCAACAGGAGCAGGAGCUAGUGGAGGAGCAGCAGCAGCCGACCUCCAGAUCCACGUCCAUUUUAAAGACUUCGCUGCUGAGUGGAGCGGCGGCCACAUUGGCGACUCUAACAGCGGCUGCUGAGCAGAUAGCCAGAGAUACUGCCAGGGAUUACUCGCAGAGUAGUGGUAGCAACAUGGCAGGAUCAGGUGGGGUAGGAGGAGGUGCCACAACGGGCGGCAGCAACAGCCACAGUUUAGAAGAGAGCAAAAGACUUGACCAUCAACAGCAGCAACAGCAACAGCAACAGCAACAAUAUACAUCCAUACUACACACGGCCUUAAUGUCGCAACGUUCAAUGCCACCUGCAACAACAACAUCAACAACUGUUGCAACAACAACCAUAAGCAACAACAAUAAGACAGUGGCCACCACAUCGCCCACACCUGCCCAUGUGCUGAAAACAGCAGUUACUUUAGCCAGCCUAAGUGAGAUAGCCACUGCCCGCCAGCAGCAACAGCAACAGCAACAGAAGUUGCUACUGCAACAGCAGCAACAGCAACAACAGCAACAGCAGCAGCAACAACAGCAACAGCAACAGCAGCAGCAACUGAAACUGCCACGAAGGAUUAUCAAUUUUAGCAGCAAUAGUAGAGUGGUUGUUGCAGGAACAGGAUCUGGAGCGGGGGUGGUGGGCAUGGCAACGGGGGGAGGAGCAACCCAUACAGAAACCCAUAUCCUGAAUCGCCAUCGUCAGAAUCAGAAUCAUAAUCAGAAUCAGAAUCAGAAUCCGAUGGCGAAUGUGGCCGGCGGCAGGACAACGUCGUUGCGUUUGCUUAACGGCAACUGUACAGGCCGACUGUUGCAGGCAACAGGUAGAGCAACAUCAGCAACAACAUUAGCAACAUUAGCAACACCGGCAACACCAGCAACAGUAGCAACACGUACAGUAGCAACAGUAGCAACAACGACCACUGGAGGCAAUACAUGCAACAUGCAGACACAGACCGAUGAUGACGAUGAGGAUGAUGGCGAUGCCAUGUCCUUGAAUGUCAUACCACAAAACACCACUGCCACAGUUAGUGCCACAACAACUGCCACUGCCACAGUUACUGCCACAGCCACAACCAACACCACAAUACUGAAUGCAUUAUCAAAAUCAUCCAAAACAUUUAAAACAUCAUCAUCAAUUUCAUUUGCAACAACAGCAACCUUGCAACAUCAGCAGCAGCAACAGCAACAGCAACAGCAGCAGCAGCAACCACAAUGGACUGGAGCAACAGGAGUUGCAACCACAAUACACCAGCAAUCACUGCCACAACAACAACAACAAAAACAAUUAUCUAUAAAAACAACAACAACAACAACAAGCAGAACCAACAGAACAGCAACAACACAACAACAACAACAACAUAACAAUUUAAAUAUUAUUAAUAAUAUUAAUAAUAAUAAUAAUUAUAUAGAACAUGGCACUGCCACCACUACUACUCUCACUGUCACUGCCACUGCCACGCCCUCCACUGUAACUGUAACUGCCACGCCCAUACCCACAACCCUAACAACAACAACAACAACGCCCAACCACGCCCCCCCAGCAACCUCAGCUUCUGUUACUGUAGUUGUGUUCAAAACAAUGUUACCUGAUGACUGAAUUAUUUUAGAAUCGUACACGUAGAGCAUGUUUUUUUUAUUAUAUAUUCAUAUAAUAAUAAUGAUAAUGAAUUAAUUAACUAAUUAAUUAAUUAAUUAAUUGAAUUAAUUACAAUUAUUAAUUACGGACUAUGAUUACACAUAAAAACAAACAAAAAAACAAAAAAGAUAGUAAGAAUGAAAGGAAAACCUAUUAUGGAUUCUAACUAUUAACUAUUCAUUAUCGAUUAUUACUAUUAUGAUUAUUAUUAUUAUUAUUAUUAAUAGAAUUAUUGAUUAAUUAUGAAAUUAUGAAUUAUUAUUAAUAUUUGCUACAUGAAUAAUGUACACCGUAAUUGAUGUAUUUUAGUUUUUUUUUUUUUUAUCCAAAAAGAAAUUGUUUCUUGAAUUCCUGUCUCCCAUUUUAUAAAAAAAAAAAAACACACACACACAUACACACUCAUUCGCAUUGAUCCUCAACCACCCACACCCACACACACACAUACAUAUAUAUAUAUAUAUUGAAAUUAAGCAUGUAAUCAUAUAUAUAUAUAUUAUUAUUUUUUUUAUGUAACUGUUUGUGUUUUUUGGGAACGACUUUUCAAGUUCUGAAACGAAACAGGAAAUGGAUGAAACGAGAGAGUAACGAGAGAGUAACGAAUAUGUAACGAGUAUGUAAACGAGUAUGUAAACGAGUAGGUAACGAGUAGGUAAUGUUUAAAGAAAGAGAGAAAGAAAAAGAUAAAAGAAAAGAAAAAGUAGCCACAAUGCCACACACACAGACACACACAUACAGCUAAUAAGCAAGUAUAUAUUGUCAGUUAUCUAUUUUAUCGAAAAUAUUAUUUUCUUUUUUUUUUUUUUGCUAUUUUUUUAAUCAAUGUAAAUUAUAGGAAUAAAAAAAAUAUAUACAAAAACACAUACACACACACAUAUAAAUGUAGAAAAAGAAAGAGAGCGAGAUGUAAUGUGUGUGAAAGUGAGAGGGCAUUAGAAAGAGAGGGCAUCAAUUGUAGAGUCAACGAGUCCGUGUAGCUAGAGUUUAGUGAGUAGUAGGAAUUAAUUAUGAGAAGCGGUAAGCGGAAACGGAAGUGGAAGCGGUAAGCGGAAGCGGAAGCGGAAGCGGAAACGGAAACACACAUACACGGAAGUAGGCUGGACUGACACAUUAAACAUAUAUACAUAUAUUUUUUUUGUUUUUUUUUUGUUCGUUUUGGCUCGCCACUCUUGCAGAUUACUGUUAGUUAACAAAUAAAAAAUGAAACUAGCCCCUCUACACCCCACAUCCCACACCCCCCACACACACAUGUUAUAUACAAACACACACACACAUACAUACAUGCUAGACUUUAUAUAUAUAUAUGUGUUAGGGAAUUAAAGAAUUUCCCAAUCAAAAAAAAAAAAAAGAAAAGAAACUGCAUCUUAUACUGAAUACUGACUCACAAGCAUUUGCCCGUUAAUUAAUAUAUAUAUUAUAUUAUAUUAUAUUAUAUUGUAUAUCCCGAGGAUCUGAGAGGGGACGGAGGGAGGAGGGGUAAUGGGGUGGCAUACACACACACACACCCAUACACAUGAAACACAUACAUACAUGCAUAACACCCUCUAUACCUAAGUUAAGAAAAGCAUAAUCACGAUUCUACAUUUAGGAUUUACCAAUGUAUGUAAAACACAAAAAAAAACAAAAACAAAAAACCACACACAUAAAAAAACCACAUAACUCUAGUUCUAAUUAUGAAUAUUAUUUUUUUUUUAAAUAUAUUAUAUAUAUAUAUAUAUACAGAUACUACACAUAAAAUUACGCAUAGUACAUACAAACCAGAGAGAAAGUUUAAGAGAAAAUGAGAAGAGAAGAAGAAAGAAGCAACAAGCAAACAGAAGAAAGCGAAUGAGAGAGAGAGAAAAGAAAUAAGAAAAACAAAAAAAACAAAGAUAAGAAAUGAAAGGAUUAUUUUUUUUUUAAUUAUUGUAUAACCCGGAUAAUACGAUGUAUCGUAAUCGUGUCGCCGUACUACGUUUUAUUUUGUAAAUGUAUUAAUUUUGUUGAUUUUUUUGCUGUCUGUAUACAUUUUUUUAACAACAUUUUUGAAUAAAUGUAAUUCUUGAAUAUG